CCAGACAUAACAGAACUGAGAGAGAGAGAGAGAGAGAGAGAGAGUUCAAUCCAUUCAUUUGACAGUUCUUCAAGAUCUCUUGAAAUUUCUCCAUUUCCAUCUUAAUAUCUCUGUCUCUCAUGGCCAAACAAGCAUUCAAUCCAUUUCUACUUGUCCUUUUGGUGAUAUCAAGUUCAAUUCACCAGUCAGCUCAGCUCGAAUACACUCAAUCACAAGCUCUCUUCAGAGUCCAGAAGCUCUUCCACUACCCACCAGCUCUGAGCAGCUUCUACAAAACCACAGACUUGUGCAACAUUGACCCAACCCCAUCCUACACAUUAGUCUGCUAUGAAGACAGCUUAACUCAGUUGCAGAUCAAUGGCCAAGAUGGGAUUUUCCCACUCCCUCAGCAUUUUUCCACCUUUGAUUUCUUUUCCAUUCUCACUGCUUUUUCAAGCCUGAGAGUCCUCUCUCUGGUCUCUCUUGGGCUUGGAGGGCCUAUACCUAAUGUUGUUGGGAAUUUAUCUUCUCUUGAAAUAUUGAACAUGAGCUCCAACAGCUUCUAUGGUGCAAUUCCCGAGGAGGUUUCUCAUCUGAAGAAUCUUCAGACUCUCAUAAUUGAUCACAACAGGUUGGUGGGUCAAGUACCCAGUUGGCUCAGCUCUCUUUUACUCCUGGCUGUCUUGAGUUUAAGGAACAACUCUUUGAAUGGGUCACUUCCAAGUACAUUUUCAUCUAUGGAAUCACUCAGGGUUCUGGCUCUCUCAGGAAAUGGCUUAUCUGGGGACAUUCCUGAUCUUCACAACUUGACUAAUCUUCAAGUUCUUGAUUUAGAUAACAACCACUUUGGGCCACGUUUUCCUAACUUAUCCACCAGAUUGGUCUCCCUAAACUUCAGCAGGAACAAAUUUGCACUUGCCAUUCCUGAGAAGCUAAGAUCCUUUUAUCAGCUCCAGAAGUUUGAUGUUUCACUGAAUGGAUUUGUGGGACCCUUUUUUCCACCGCUGAUGUCUCUUCCUUCAAUGAGGUAUCUUGACAUUAGUGGGAACAAGUUCACAGGAGUGCUCUUGCAGAACAUGUCCUGUAGUCCUGAACUUGCAUUUGUGAACAUCUCUUACAACCUCUUGACAGGAGACUUGCCAACUUGCCUCAAAUCUGAGUUUAAGGUUGUUCUUUAUUCCAAGAACUGCCUGAAAAAUGAAGAUCAGGAGCAACGCCCAUUGGUUUUCUGCCACAAUGAGGCUCUGGCAGUUGAUGUUUUGCCUCCACAGCAGAAGCGUGAGAAAAGAAAAGGUAAAGCUAAAGCAGCUCAUGUGUUUGGUGUAGUUGGAGGAGUUGUUGGAGCAGUCACAGCUAUGGCACUGCUAUUUUUCUUGGCUUUUAUGAGGCUACAACGAAGAAGUGAAGUUAAGCCGCCUACGGCGCGAUUGAUAACAGAGAAGGCGUCGACCAUAUGUAAUGUGAAGCUGCUUUCUGAUGCAAGAUACAUAUCGCAGACAAUGAAAAUGGGAACCAGCAUUCCAGCCUACCGGACAUUUGCUUUGGAGGAGCUCAAGAAUGCUACGAAUAACUUCAAUAAUUCAUGUUUAUUGAAAGACGGUUCCCAUUGUCAGAUAUACAAAGGUAGGGUAGCAGACGGCACUCUUUUCGCUGUCAGAAGCAUCAAAAUGGCAAAAAGGCACAGUCCUCAGUACUAUAUGCCCAUCAUCGAGAGGAUCUCUAAGCUCAGACAUGAAAAUUUGCUUAGUGCUCUUGGACACUGCUUCGAGUGCUACCCCGAUGAUUCCAGUGUCUGCAGAAUCUACCUUCUGUUUGAAUUUGCUGUGAAUGGGACGCUCAGAGACCAAAUUUCUGGAGGACAUUCAAGGACAACAUUUUCUUGGACUCAGAGAAUUGUAGCUGCUAUGGAGAUCGUGAAGGGUAUUCAGUUUCUGCAUACGGGAAUCGUGCCCGGCGUGCACUCCAAUAACAUGAAGAUUACAGAUGUUCAGUUGGAUCACGAUCUUCACAUUAAGCUCAGCAAAUAUAAUCUACCCCUCUUAUCAGAAGAUUGUGGAACGGCAAGUUCUCGUGUUCCCAGAGCCAAAGGAAGUAACCACACGAGGGGAAAAGAUAAUGAAAAGAGUGAUAUCUAUGAAAUAGGAGUAAUUUUGCUAGAACUCAUAGCGGGAAGGCCAUUCACGUCCAAUGAUGAAGUUCGUCUUUUGAAAGAUCUUGUACAAGUAAGCUUGUCAGCUGACGAUGGGGCGCGAAGGAGCAUAGUCGAUCACACUUUGCAAAAGGACUGUUCAGAUAAAUCACUCAGAAUAAUGAUGGAUAUUUGCAUUAGGUGCUUGUCGGAGGAGCAAAGUAAUAGGCCAUCAGUUGAGGAUGUGCUUUGGAACUUGCAGUUCGCAACACAGGUUCAAGAUUCGUCGAGGCAUGAUUUCCAAUUUGAGCAAGAACUCACGGUGCCAUCAUCACUGGAAUUGUAAAAUGUCGACUUCAUGUGCAUUUUCCACAUCAAAAAUUGCAAAUGCAGGAUGAACCUUCUUUAUUUCCUGCCACUUGAGGUACAUAAAAGCAAUCAGGAAGUUGUUUUUUGAAGGCCCAAGCGAGUUCUCGAGAGAGAAUUUCGCGUUGGUGCUUGACACGGUUUAUAUUCUUUGUUCCAUGUUGAUGAAUUGUAUUACUGACAUGAAUUUAGCUUGCUCCUGGCCAUUCUGGUAUCAAACAUCCUCGUUCAAAGAGCUUGGCUGAA